GGCUUAAUCAUUCAGGGGGCGGGCGGUGUCGUCCGUUGUGGGAGUCUUUCAUGUGUCCGUGAAUAUGUCCUCCGCAACCAAUAAGGUCAAAGAGGAAGACUGUUUUCUGCCUUACACUCCGUCGCCGACUAAACAGUUGCAGGACAAUCCCGCUCCUUCCCCCCUCGCCCUGUUAGCCGCUACGUGCAGCAAAAUAGGGGGUGCUAACGGAGAAGGGGGCUCGCCCGGAGAGCCCCAACCUGUUGCCCAAAGCCAAGACGGCAACAUUGUCAUUGUACCUGUGAGCACGCCGCCGCCCUCGCAAACGCCGACGCAGCAGCAGCAGCAACAGCAAUCUGGCACGGUGACCCCGGGGCCUUCGACGCCCCAGCAGCAGCAAAUUAGGCUGGUGAAUGGCAGCGCAACUUUCAUUCAGCAGGCGGAUGGUUCGCUGGUCCAGACUUCACCGCAGACUAACCAGCAACAGCAGAUCAUCACUCUGCAACAGCUGCAGCAGCUGCAGAAUCAGCAGCAACAGCAAUUUUUGCCGCAGCUUGUGCAGCAACAGGUGUCCUGUUCGUCUGAUGGAGAAUCAAAACCCACCCUCGUUUCGUUGCAGUCUGUUCAAGGACUACCUGGGCAGUUUCUACAGGUAUCAGCAGAGGGCCAAAUCAUGAGCGCGCAGGCGCAGCAAUCACAACAGCAGAACCUUGCGGCUGCAGCUGCCGCCGCUGGCUACAAUGUGCAUCCGCUUCAAACGGUCACCGUCGACGGGCAAGAGGCCGUGUUCAUCCCUGCCACCGCUUUAACCUCCUCUCCUGGCGGGCAAGGUAGCGGUCAGACCCUGAUGACCCAGACUGGACAAAUUAUUCGGACACAGGUGCCGUCUUCCUCUGCACAGGCCACCGUCGUCAACGCUGGACUGCUCCAGAACAUGGUUGCACAGCACACUGUGCAAAUGGCAGCUCCCAGUGGACAGCAAAUUAUCAGAGGGGCCAACGCGCAGAUGGUACAGUUCCCCACGAUGCAACAAUCGAUUCCUGUACAGGUGCCAGUGUCCACUGCUAAUGGACAAACUGUCUACCAGACCAUCCACUUCCCAGUGCAAGCACUCACAACCACCAUUCCGGCAGGAAAUAUUCUUAGCUCGCAAGGGCAGACUUUGCAAAUGAUCCAACAGCUUUCUCAGCCAGUGACUCAGCAAAUCCAACUACCUUCGCAACCGCAAAUGGCUCAAAUCAUCACCUCGUCCGGACAAAUACAACAAGUGCAAAUUGCCUCGCAUCAACUUACACAGCAAACUCCUUCAAGUGCCAAUCAGUCGACUGUUGUCAACACAUCAGAAGCUAGUAGUUCAGCUGCUGCCGCGCAACAGGCGCAGACAGCCCAAGCUGCUCCUCAACAGAUACAGUCACAGCAAAUAACCUUGACGGGCGCCAACGGUCAGCAAAUCACUGUUAUCCCUGCAUCAAGUCUGGCAAACUUGCAAGCAGCUCAACAAGUCCGACAGCAGAGUAAUAUCAUUCAGAUUCCUGGUUUGGGCAGCAUCCAAGGUAUCCCAAUCCAGAACAUCCCGGGGCUUGGCAACGUGCAAAUCAUCCAAGCUGGCUCGUUGCAGAACAUCCAAGGCCUUCAAGGCCUGCAGAACAUUCAACUCUCGGCGCCCACCACAAUAAAUGUUGCGCCUCAACAGACGACCACACUCCAAACCUUUCCUCCAGGCACCCAAAUCAUUUCUGCUCAGCAACUUCAGGAAUCUGGAGAUUGCAAGUGGCAAGUGCUGACAACGGCGCAGUCUACGCCACAGACAUUCCGUGCUCCUUCGCCUGUGCAGACGCAAACCGUGACUCAAGUUGCCACUGAAACUCAUUUGGACCAAAGCUCAUCGACAACUAAAACACGAGUCAGAAGGGUGGCUUGCACGUGCCCCAAUUGCACGGAUGGCGAGAGAUAUAGGGGUGGAAAUCGCAAAAAGCAGCACAUCUGUCACAUAGCAGGGUGCAACAAAGUUUACGGAAAAACGUCCCAUCUGCGUGCCCACCUACGUUGGCACACUGGAGAAAGACCUUUUGUCUGCAACUGGCUCUUCUGUGGCAAAAGGUUUACCCGGUCUGACGAGCUCCAGCGCCAUCGCCGAACGCACACUGGCGAGAAACGGUUCCAGUGUACUGAGUGCAAUAAAAAGUUCAUGCGCAGUGACCACCUUUCUAAACACAUUCGCACGCACACUAAAAGUCGGACCGGUGGACAAGCAGACGGCAGCAAGAUCGAAGACUCGAUGGGUGAGGACGAUCCGUCCUCUCCUGAAGAUGAAAACAAAAUGAUUAUCACAAUACAGACUGAAGCAGAUCAGUCGGAAAUUAUCAGCGAUCAACUGCAAGGGGAGUCUUCGUUGUCAAACUAGAAUCAUCAUGUCUCUUUUUCACGUUAGUGCUAUCAAUCAGGCAAGACGUUUCUUGUAUUGUACAUGACGUACCUUGUAUCAUAAUGCAAUGGCAACUGCAAAUUCUACAACUGUUAUAGAACUGUUACAAGAUUUUGCUCUUUGAUGCCCAUUGCACUCUUGUUAGGAGUCUGAGGAUUGUCUUGAAGACUUUCAUACGCUUGUCCAAUUUUAUCAUUAUUUUCCUCUUCAACCGGAUGCCAUUCAUUCUUUUCCUACAAUCAUGUUUUUUCGCCCUCUUAUAUCUAUAUUUUUCACUACAGUAGCUUGUAUAAGUUUUGUAAUCAAAAUCUGAAACUUAUCAAUAAAAUCUAACAACGAAGUACAAAUUUUA